CGACCCCACAAUUGCCUCAACUCUUUUCACGCCCCCACUACGCUCUUACUUACAACCACGCACCCACUGCGUCCUUCCCCCUCUCUCUUCCCCUUUCACUCGUUCAUUUGAUACUACUUUAACUAUUAAAGAGGGGAAUAAUACCCUUUAUUAUAAUAACCCACUCCAAAAGUAAGAAAAGAAAAUUCUCUAUCCCUCAGAAUUAAACAAACAUCGCCCACCGCCUAUCCACUUUUCUCAAGCUAGCCUAGCUAGCUACAAAUCAAAGCCGACGAACCGGCCGGGGGGCGGCGGCGAUGACGACUCGAACCGUCAACGGCGAGCAGCAGCAGCAGCAGCAGCGACGGCAGCCGCAUUACGCGUCGGGCCGGCCUCACCGCCCGUAUUCCUCCUCCUACUACGAGGGGGCCGGGGCCGGGGGCGGCGGCGGGGGGUCUGCUUCUCUGAAGGGGUGCUGCUGCUGCCUCUUCCUUCUGCUGACCUUCCUCGCCCUCCUGGCCGUCGCCGUGGUGCUGGUGGUCGUGCUGGUCGUCAAGCCCCGCAAGCCCCAGUUCGACCUCCAGCAGGUCUCUGUCCAGUACCUCCUCGUCGCCUCCCCCUCCUCCUCCUCCUCCUCCUCGUCUCCUUCUGAUUCUAGUUCGGCGUACUUGUCCUUGAACAUCACGCUGCUGUUCACGGCGGAGAACCCGAACAAGGUGGGGAUCCGGUACGGGCCGACGGCGUUCGACGUGAUGUACCGCGGGGUGCCGCUGGGGGUGGCGGCCGUGCCGGGCUUCGAGCAGCCGGCCCACUCCACCCGCCUGGUCCAGACUCGCUUCAGCGUCGACCGCUUCAACGUCCUCCAGUCCGACGCCCUCGACCUCCUCCGCGACGCCGCCCUCAACGACCGCGUCGACCUCCGCCUCACCGGCGACGUCGACGCCAACAUCCGCCUCCUCGGAUUCACCUCCCCCAGAGUCCGGGUGUCGGUGGAUUGCGCGAUCGCGAUCAGUCCGAGGAGGCAGUCGCUGACCGACAAGCAGUGCGGCGUCGACGGAGUUAACCUCUGAGCGAUCACCGACCUCCAUUGAGAGAAAAAAAGGAAAGACAAGUGUGGAAAUUUUUUUUUUCUUUUCUUUUUUUUUUUUUUAUUAAUUUUAAGAUUUGUAGCGAGCUUCUACUUGGAUAUUUGCUUUGUUUUGGGCAUUACUCUUUACUCCUUUUUUUUAUUUUUUUCUUUUUCUCAUAACUUUCCUUAGGCCGAAAGUAAAGUUGUUGGCUUGCUAU